AUGAAUCUGAAAAUAUGGAUCAUUAUUUCAAAUCCCCUCAUCAAGCAAUUAAAACAGAAUAAACAACAAUCAAAGAAGAAUAAUAUGACAAAUUCACAGGAAGAUCAAAUGGAGUUUGGUGAUACAUCAUUGGAAUUGGACUCAGUACAGCCUGAAAACUUAAAAAAUGAAAAUCUCAUAUUAUCAAAAUGCUACAAAAUGAGAAAAAAAGCUCAAGAUCAAAUGUGUUUACUAAUUAAUAACAACUGGUGGUUUAGUUGGGCUUAUAAAAAGACAAAAAAUGUUGUGAACAAUGUUAUAAUUGAUUUAGCAAUAGUAUAA